GUGAUGUUGGUAUGUGUACGGACUAAAAUAGGGGCUGUACAUUUAAAUUCUGAAGAUCUAGAAUUUAUUUUUAGCAUUUUUGAAGAAAACAAAGUUUUAAUAUUCCAAGGCAUCUAAAAACCGAAAGUAGGAAUCCCAGAGUCAUUUAAUUUUCUUCCCGGAACAAGCACUGUGUAGAAAAACAGGAUGUGCUUAUUGGACCAGUGUAAAUUUAUAAUUCCAAAACAUUACUCUUGUCAACAACUUUAUAUCUAUUGCGAAAAAAUUGAUAUUCUAUUGUGUAAAACUGAAAGUGUGCAUCGAAUUAAUUAGUGUACGUUGUGUGACAUCCAAUGUAAACAAUUUAACAAUGGCAACCAGAACAAAUCCCUACAACAAUGUGGAGGUGGAACUAACAGAAAAAGACCCGUUUGUCAGUGUGAAAACUGGCAAAGAGUCGCAAGCCAAAGAUUUACAGAUACUGAAAAGUCAGUUUAUACCAGCAAGAGAAUAUAUUGAAAACAAUAUCUUAAUAAAUGACGCCUUUGACAAAUGUUAUGCUGGGCAAACUGGCGAGGAAAAAACUAGAUUUCUUCGGUGUGCUGAGACACUUCAUGUUCAAAGGUUACAGAAGAGGAAAGACUUGGAAUCUCUCUCUUCCUUACUAAAUAUCAAUGACCAGAACUUCAAAAAAUGUGUGUUCAGAGCCAUUCAGGAAUCAUUGUUAGAGAUGACCCUGGAUGAAACAAAAGUGGAUAUCAUUGACAGGUGCUUGGUCUAUGUUAUACAGCAUUUAAAGGACUCGGAGGACGAAGACACACUUCAAACACACAUUGUUACUAUUGACACAGUGAUUAGGUGCUGCGCUGCAUCCGCCAUACUUUACUGCGAUUACAAAAAAACGAAGAAAGAUUCUUUUAGCAAAAUCAGCAAAAGCUGUUCAUCAAUCAAUAAAAUCUGGAAUAAAAUGGCCUCUAGAAAAGCCAUGAAAACAGAAUAUCCGGCCUGUUAUCAGUUGCUCAAAGGCUCAAUGUCUCUUGUUGCGGCCUUCGGAAAACUCAGAUUUGGAAAACAAUUUGAGGAGCUCUUCAAAUGUUUCGAUUCAACUUUCUCUUUAUCGAAACAUGACAGGAUUGUGGCAGACAUUGGGCAGAGAGGAUGUAUUAUGGAACAAUUGGUUGUUACUUUUGGAAUUGUGUCAAAGAUGUCAGCAAACCCUCCAGAUAUGUGUAAAAGGUUUAUACAGUUCAUAGGACAAAUUCUCAAUCAACGUAAAGUACAGAGAAGUCUGCUACGUACAGAUGAAGAUUUUCAACAACUAGGAUUUUUAAUUCUUUCCGGCAUUGCCUUUAUAUACAGGAAAUUUCCUCAAAUGCAAUCACCCAAUCUUCAGAAAAUAGUUGAAGACGUGUAUUUGCUACAAAACACCCAUCUGAAAAUUCCAGAAGAAAUGACGGAUCUGAUUUUGUCUUUGAAUGCAGCCAUCGCUCAACGACUGAUCCUCUGUCUUAAUCUAUCGGAGGAAAGAAUGUUGCAUUUAGCUGAAGACUACAUUGAAAAAGUGCUUCCAGGUCUAGUUAUCUACAACACUAACCGAAAACAUCUCCAAAAACUAUCAGAUCAUUCUCAUUGGGUGCUAUCCGCUGGUCGCUUUUUUUCACACAUCAUACGAAUAGGCAUUCUUAUACCAGGAAUUGCAAAUAGUCAGUUUAAAACCAACAAAUCUGUGGAUGAUAGCAAGAGAAUAGAAAACGAGUUCGACAUUUUGUUGAAAUUACAGAAUGGAGAAACUCAUUUGAAUAUUGUCCGAAUGUUAGCUUUUAACCCUUUACAGAGCCGGUUACAUUUUCACGUAAUUGAGCAUUACUCUACAUCACUUAUUGACAAAGUCAUUGAAUCAAGGUUACGCCAAGAAUAUCUCCCAGAGGACUGGAUGAACGGUCGCCUUUUAGAUGUUGCUUGUGGACUUAAUUUUCUUCACCAGAGAAGCAUAAUACACAGAAAUAUUACUUUGAACUCAUUUUCUCUAAAACCCAUUUCGCCUGACCAUGAGAUAGCCGUUCUUUGUAAUCUAGAGAUGGCUUGUUCUAGUAGCAAUGAAGCAUCAACAAUUGUUGGUCAUAUUGCAGAUGUUCACGGAGAAAAUAUCCCUACAAGGUGGUCAGCCCCUGAAUCUCUGUGGGACUGCACAUUUGACGUCAACACAGAUUCCUGGAUGUUUGGUCACGUGAUUCAUUCCCUGUUCACUUAUGGGUGUGAGCCAUAUACAGAACUAUACAGCGAGACAACAGCUGAAAUCAUGGCAAAAGUUGUGUCUUGCGAAUUGAAGCCUUACAAAUGGCCAUGUAUCCCUUUGUCCUAUCACAAACUAGCCGCAAACUGUCUGCAGUUUGAGAAAGACAAGAGACCAAGCAUGCAGAUAAUUAUACAACAGUUAGAACAGCUGAAACAAGACCAACUAAAAAAGGAUUAUUAUGAAUAUAAAAGAUUGCCAAGUAUUUCAAAUAAACAGGAAGAGAGAAGACAUGUACCUAAAAGGGGAAUUCCUGAAACGAUAAAGAAGAUGAAAAACUGCCCUGGAAGUAAGCGAGAUACAUAUAUUGAGAUAAAGAAACGUAUACCACAUAGUCCUAACCCAGACUAUGCUCCUCUGAUCUUUGAUCAAAAGGAUGUCAAAGCUCCCAAUGAACCAAUUAUCAGACAAAAGAGAUUCGAAUUAGGCGUACAAGAAAAAGUGACGGUGAAAUUUCACGACAAAAUACUUCCUAUCAUGAGCCAUGACUUUGCGGAGAAAAUGGGCAUCUUGGAAUGGCCACCAGAAAAACGAGUUAAUCAUGGUGGUUCUGCAAAGGAUGAAGUAGAAAUUACAUUGAAUUACAGAGUUCCAACAGCCAAAAACAUUUUGGACUUGUCCCUACAGUUAAACGAUUAUCAAAUUAACAGCAUUGACAUCGAUAUCAUUUAUAACAUCACCAGUCUUGUGGAAAAAAUGCACCAAAAACGUUGGAUAAUGGUUGACAUAGUUGGAAAGUAUAUACAUAUUCAGGAAAACAACAAUUUUAAGGUGUGUCAGUUACGGAUUGGGCGUAUGGUGAGACUGCCAACUGAUGAAGACAGUGUCCUGUUGGAAAAUUAUGAACUUCACGAUAUUAUGCAUUGGUUACCAAUGGAAGUAAUAGGACACGGCGAAGUUUCUACCGGAAGUGACGUUUAUACUUUGGCGAUGCUGUUUUACGAGUUUUAUAUGGCGUUGUGUGGAACAGAACUUCUGCAAUGUCGUCCAUUUUCAAAGAUGCAUCCGUCACGAAUUUUAAGUCAUUUGCAAGACGGCAACAUCCCUGAUCGACCAGAGAAUUGCCCAAAGUGGCUGUAUGACAAAGUGAUGAAACCAUGUUGGGAUCAAGACAGAACAUGUCGUCCAACGGCGACGGAAAUUUUGACAAUCAUUACAGAAUACAGACCUGUACGAGAAUAUUAUGAAAACCCGACCAUACAAGAAGAUACGAAUAGCAGUUUUGACGAAAUUUCUCUUGAAAAUCAAACUGAACACACAGACACUUCAGAAGAGUUGUAUGACAGGUUUAAUCUUGGCACGAGCCAACAACUUGAUACCAAUUUCAUUGAUGAGAAGAAUUGUGAAACGAAUGAUUCCAGUGAUGAGGAGUACUGUGAAGUAACCUCCAUUGAAAAACGGUCGUCUCCUGGGGACGACUCUAUAACAGAGGACCAAUGUGGACCAAGUAGAUACGUAAACUUCCCUGACAAACAGACAAAAGGAAAUGGGCGGUGUUUUUCAGCAGUGGGUCUAGAGUGCGGCGAAACUAGUAACCCACAAUGUCAACAUUAUCAGGAAUUAGAUGACGACAAAAGCCUUCUUAAAUUUAAAAGAAAACCCCAAAGGGAUUUGAUUGACGUACCAGAUUAUGAGUUAUUUUCUGAAGAAGGCAAGAAUGUGGACACAGAGGACACCUCUCUACCAGAAGUACCUAACUAUGAAAAUGGUGCUGCCGGUUUAUCGAACAUAAGCAUUGCACGCCCCUUUCCUUUUAAGACAAAGCAUCAGACAGGUGGUCCAGUGACACCACGUAGUUCACAUUUUUUGUAUUAGCAUAAACAAUACAAACAGAGAAGAACAUAUUAUUUCAAUAACUUAGAAAACUUUUAGGGUUACUUUAUAAAAUGUACAGCGGUU